UUUCUCCAAAUCUCUACCUUUCUGUUCAAACAUCUAUUUUCCUUUCACUUUCUUUCAAUUUUUUUCCAAAAUGCGUAUGAGUUGUAAUGGAUGCCGGAUCCUUCGUAAAGGAUGCAGUGAAAAUUGUAGCAUUAGGCCAUGUUUACAAUGGAUCAAAAGCCCUGAAUCCCAAGCAAACGCUACCGUUUUUCUCGCCAAGUUCUAUGGCCGUGCCGGUCUCAUGAACCUCAUCAACGCUGGCCCCGAACACCUUCGUCAUGAUAUUUUUAGGUCAUUAUUAUACGAGGCUUGUGGGCGGAUCGUGAACCCGAUUUACGGUUCUGUUGGGUUAUUAUGGUCCGGAAGCUGGCAGCUUUGUCAAGCCGCCGUGGAAGCUGUGCUAAAAGGAGCUCCCAUCAUUCCGAUUGCUUCUGAAGCCGCCGCGAAUGGUCAAGGUCCGCCGCUAAAAGCAUACGACAUUCGUCAUGUCUCCAAAGAUGAGAACUCCGCAGCCUCCAACGAUGUUCAACGAGUCAAGACUCGUUGCCGGGUUAAAAGAACUGUGAAGCCCAAGGUGGAUAAGCCGGUCUUAGAGGAGAACUGCGAACAACCCGAACCGCGGCGUUACGCGGAAGAAUGGUUCGAGGGAAACAGAUCGACGAGUCACGAGUCAUCGCUGAGUCACCAGUCUGAGUUGGCCGUUAUGGAUGGGGAAAGUAAAGAAACAGAGAGUAUGAUCUCAGAGGAAACAGUGGCGGCUUCGCGGCUGUUUCCGGCGAGGCCGGAGUUCAGAGGUAGGGUUUCGAAAGAAAGGACGGGGGAAGGAAGCGGCGAGAUGGGGCUGGAGUUGACUCUGGGAUUUAAGCCGGUUGCAUCACGUGGCUGUGAGGUGGUGGUGCCCGUGAAGAAGAGGAGAGUGGAGGCGUUGGAGGAUAGUGAAAGGUGUAAGGUUGACCUGGGGCUCGACUAUCCGGCGGCUUAAACGGCAUUUAAGUUUUGGCUGCACGUUUUCGGCUUUUGUUUAUUUUACAUAGAAGAGUUGUGGGCUUUUUGUUUUUGUAAUUUCUUCUCUUUCCCUCUUUAUGUAAUCAGAGGAAACACAUAGUUCCAAUGUGGUUUACAUAAAUAGAAAUGGUAAAUUUUAUAGGUGGAA